AUGAACGGCUCUCGCCCCGCUAGUACCAACCAGGGCUUCCUCGGCUUUGGCUUUAUGGGCGCCAAGUGGCCGAGGAUUUUCUUCGCCAUUACCCUCAUCCAGGCUAUUAUUUGCUUAACCUUCGAGGCUUACGUAUUUUGGAAGUUUCAGACCGGCCUGACCGAUCAAGCGCCUACGGGCAAAGCGAAGGAGGACUCACCGAGACGGACGAUCCCGACCUUCCUCGCUCUCUUCAUUUUCGGUUUCUUGUAUGAACUGGUCAUUGUAUGGGAUGCCCUGCGAGCCAAGAACACUAUUCAGGUCAUUGGCGUAUGCAUUGCCAAUCUCGCCUUGUUGGUUUAUACAGCCAUCCAAGUCGACCAAAUCGCCGAGGCGGUCAGUGAUCUCAAGGGUAUCAAUGCCCUCAAAAAUCCCCAUGACGACAUGUGGGCCGAUGUCAAGCCUUAUCUCAUUGCGAUUCCCUGCAUUCUCGCCUUCGGCACAAUCGCCAUGGCAUUUGUUGCUUGGAAGCUUUACCAGGUUUUCGCCUGGGACAUUCUGAAGACGAUAGGAGCUGAUUACAGAAUGAAGAAGCGAUUCCUUCACUACCAAAUUUACCUCGCCCUCCUGAAAUUCGACUUCUUCUUUUUCCUUGGUUUCACCGUUCAAUUCCUGGUCAUUGUCGACAUUAGGACCGAUACCGAAUUCGGCUUGACCAUCGCCGCUGUUCCGGUCACCAUUGCCAUUCUUCUCAUGGCAGCCUGGUUCACCAGAAUUGAAAACAAAGUCGGCAUGGUUGCCGUCAUCGUUCUCUACCUCGGCGCCCUGAGCUACUUUAUCUUCAAGCUCGUUCGCAUUUACCAGCCGGAGACCCGCGAGCUGUACCAGCCUGUCAAGAAGUCCCUUACUGCGUUCACCGUCAUCACGAUUCUUCUCAUCAUUUGCACCAUCAUCAACUGUAUCGUUUGCAUGCGCAACUUCGGGGCCGGUCUGAAGGCCCACCUGCGCAAGCCGUCUCGGGACUUGGAAAAGAACCCUGACCUGAACUCCAUCAACCUCCAGGACGUCAAGCCUCAAAUUGCGAGCAGAAUGACGAUCGAUUAA